AUGCCAAAACGCAAAAACGGAAAUUCCCGCCGCAGCAAAAAUCGGCUGCUGUCUCCUGACUCGGAUGAGUUGCUGCUCUCGCCUCGCGCUGCAGCAGCACCUGCUGCAGCAGACGCAGCAGCAGCAGCAGCAGCAGCAGCAGCAGAUGAAGCAACCCGCUGCGCCACCAGCCUCUCGGAGGAACCGGAUGCCCCGGCCUUUGAUCUGCAGCCGGCGCCCGCAGCACAUGAGGAGCAGCAGCAGCAGGAGCAGCAGCAGCAACUGCAGCAGCAGCAGCAGGAGGAGGAGCAGCAGCAGCAGCAGGAGCAGCAGCAGCAGCAGCAGGGAAAGGAAGGGAACGCUGAAGCUGACGAGCAAGAGGGAUGCGGCGCAGAUAACAGCAGCAAAAGUUCUGCUGCUACAGCCGAAGAGGAGGACAUGCAGCAGCAGCAGCAGCAGCAAGAGCUGCAGCAAGAGCAGCAGCAGCAACAACAAGAGCUGGAGGUUGCGGCUGUGGAGAGCACGCUGAGCACUGAAGACCUGCCGCCAGCCGCAGCAGCUGCAACAGCAAAGGCAGCAGCAGCAGGAGCAACAGCGACAGCAGCAGGAAAAGAGAAAGAGGAGCAGCAGCAAGAAGCCAAGAGUGAAGCAAAACAAGAAGCAAAAGAGACACUCAAAGCAGUGGAGGACAAGCAGCAGCAGCAGCAGCAACAGCAGCAAGAAGAGGCGCAAGAGCAGCAGCACGAAGCUCAGCAGCAGCAAGAAGCUCAGCAGCAGCAAGAAGCUCAGCAGCAGCUAGAGGAAGGGACGCUGCAGGAGCAAGAGCAGCAGCAGCAGCAAGAGCAGCAGCAGGAGCAGCUGCGCGCGAACUUGUCUAGCCCCGUGUCAGCAGCAACAGCAGCUACAGCAGCAGCAGCAACAGCAGCAGCAGCAACAGCAGCAGCAGCAACAGCAGCAGCAGAUGGCGAACUAGAGGAGGAGGAAGGGACUGUCGCUGAGGAGCGGCAAGAGGCUGCAGCAACUGAUGUCAUUGCUGCUGCAGCUGCUGCUGCUGCUGCUGCUGCGGAGCCUGAGGAAACUGCUGCUGCAGCAGCAGCACUGCCUCCCCUCGAAACUGCUGAUCUUUGCUGCUGCAAAUCCAUUGUCAGUGAUUUUUGUGAUGAUGUGCUGCAGCAGGAAGACAGCGUCUGCGGGCCCCGCAGCCGCAGCAGCACUUUUGCUGCUGCUGCUGCUACUUUUGGCCAGGAAAUCCCAGCAGCAAUUUGCAGCUAUGUGGAGCAGGCGAGGGAGCAGGGCCUCGACGAGGCUUGCUUCUCUUGCUGCAGCGAUGCUGCUGAGGGCUGCUGGCCCACCACCCGCUUGCUGCUGGAGACUCUUCUUGCUGCUGGUGCUGCUGCUCUCGCGCUGCUGCACAAGCACAGAGAAGGCAUAAUUAAUGGAGCAGCAAAUAUAGCAUCUUCCACCUGGGCGUGCUUCAAAGCGUGCAUGCCGCCGUGCGUGCGCAGCGGGCCGGAGGCGCAGCAAAGCGCUGCUGCUGCUGCUGCUGCUGCUGCUGCUGCUGCUCCGCGGGCCCUGCGCAGCCCCUGGAUUGCUGUGGGGAGUUCGAAAGAGAUUUGGGGCCUUUCAAAUGCCGAAUGGACCCGCAUGCAUUCGAGGCCAGCAAAUGAGGCCUUCUUUGCUGCGCUGCAGUCCGGCGUCAGCUACGCAGACCCUGCUGAGGCCCUAGAGGCCUCUACUGCAGCAGCAGAAGCAGCAGCAGCAGCAGCAGCACCUGCACUUUACAGCGAGCUGCCGCAGCCCCGCCCCAUCGCGACCAUUAAUAUUUUCUCUCGCCGCCAGAACAGCAGCAGAUGA